AUGACAUUAGAUAUUUCUAAGUUCAAUCCAAGACAAAUUCCACAUACCGAAGAGAGACAAACAUUGUUAGAAGCAAACAAGAGUGUAUAUGAACUGUUCAUAGAUGAAACUGACUUUGUGUCAUUAGAUGAAAGGUCAUUGUACGAUUCGUAUAAACAAUAUUGUCAAGAAUAUGGUUAUAUGACAGCGUCUAAACGAACAUUCUUGGCAAAUGUCAAAAGUCUUUUAGACGUACAGAAUGGUGUAUAUACAAAGAAAAAUUUUUAUGAGUAA